UCAAUGGCACUGAGGAAUCUCAUUGCGGCUCCAGCUCAGGCGGAUCGAGAAAGCCAAUGGGAAAUCGAUCAAGGGCUCAUUAGAAACAGAAGCAAAGUUUUCACUGGAUUAAAAGCCUUUAACUAGUAUUUGUUCUGAAGUGCAUUGAAAAUGCUUGCCGUGGCAGCUAAUUUUCACCCUCUGGCGAUUUUAGUUUAGCUAUUGCCAUGUAACGACACUGUACAUAAACCUGCAGGAAGAAGGUGCGAUGAAGUUAAUGGUAGCUCUGCUGUGCGCAGCUCUUACUGUAGCUGCCGUUUCAGCUUUUGACGAUUUUGUUUCUCUGGCGGAAAUGGAGGACGCGCUCCUGAAAAAUCUGUUUAGAGGUUAUCAAAAGUGGGUAAGGCCUGUUCAGCACUCCAAUGAUACUAUAACAGUCAGGUUUGGACUGAAGAUUUCUCAGCUUGUGGAUGUGGAUGAAAAAAAUCAGCUUAUGACCACAAAUGUUUGGCUGUUGCAGGAGUGGGUUGACUACAAACUGCGCUGGAACCCAGAGGACUAUGGAGGAAUAACUUCCAUCAGAGUUCCUUCUGAAAAUAUUUGGCUGCCUGAUAUUGUUUUAUACGAGAAUGCCGAUGGGCGUUUCGAAGGCUCCUUGAUGACCAAGGUGAUAGUAAGGUCCAACGGCACCAUCCUGUGGACUCCGCCGGCGAGCUACAAGAGCUCUUGCACGAUGGACGUCACUUUCUUCCCCUUCGACAGGCAGAACUGCUCCAUGAAGUUCGGCUCCUGGACGUACGACGGCAACAUGGUCGACCUCGUCCUCGUGGACGACCACGUGGACCGCAAAGACUUCUUCGACAACGGGGAGUGGGAGAUCCUGAACGCCACGGGGAUGAAGGGCAACAGGAAGGACGGCAUGUACGCCUACCCCUUCGUGACGUACUCCUUCAUCCUCAAGCGCUUGCCCCUGUUCUACACGCUGUUCUUGAUCAUUCCGUGCCUGGGCUUGUCCUUCCUCACCGUGCUCGUCUUCUACCUGCCCUCGGAUGAAGGCGAGAAGCUUUCCCUGUCCACCUCCGUCCUGGUGUCCCUCACCGUGUUCCUCUUAGUGAUCGAGGAGAUCAUCCCCUCGUCCUCCAAGGUCAUCCCCCUCAUCGGGGAGUACCUGCUCUUCAUCAUGAUCUUCGUGACCCUCUCGAUCAUCGUCACCGUGUUCGUGAUCAACGUGCACCACCGCUCCUCGGCCACGUACCACCCCAUGUCCCCCUGGGUGAAAAACCUCUUCCUCCAGAGGCUUCCCAAGCUCUUGUGCAUGAGGGGUCACACCGACCGCUACCACUACCCCGAAAUCGACCUCAACAGCCCUGACGUCAAGCCCACGACGACAGGGAAAAAAAGACUGUUGUCGGAGAAAGAAGACGAAAAUAAAGCAUGGCUAACUCUCUUGGAAAAAGCUACUAACUCGGUGCGAUAUAUUUCAAGUCAUAUUAAGAAGGAGCACUUCAUCAGAGAGGUUGUUCAAGACUGGAAAUUUGUGGCUCAGGUGUUGGAUCGUAUCUUCCUCUGGGUGUUUCUCACCGUGUCUGUGCUGGGCACCAUCUUAAUUUUCACACCUGCCUUGCAGAUGUACCUGAGCACCUAAAUCCGACCGACAUCAAACUGGACACAAUGCUUUAUUAUUAGAAGAAGGAUACGCAUACGGGAAAAUCAGCCUUAUCUAAAACAUUAAUUUUACAUAAUUGAAAUAGUGAAAAAAUAAAGGUACCUCACUUCUAUAGAUGGAAAAUGUGUCCCUUUGCUACUCUGGUAUAUAAAAGGUACCUCACUUCUAUAGAUGGAAAAUGUGUCCCUUUGCUACUCUGGGACGAAAGAAUUUUAGAAAUAAAAAUCCUAGUCAAGCAAUAUAUUAGUCUAACAUAGUAAGACUAAUAUAUUGCUUGACUAGGAUUUUAACAAUAUUAUAUUUAACAAUAUAACAUAUUAACAAUCAUGGCCUCCUCGCAUCAUAACAACAUAACACUGUUGUUAUGGUAAAGAGAUGAAAAGGAAAAAGAAAAGACAAAAAACAUAAAGAAUCCAUUGUGUACACAAAAGGUUUUGCAAAACGUAAUAGCAGUGUACUUUAUCAAAUAGGGAUAAUCUUCUAUAUUAUUUAUUUUGAAAGAUAUAGUGAAAUAAUAUUAAGCAUUCCUGCCUAUUUACAAACCUUACCAGUGUGUUUGACUCAAAAGCAGUGACUCAAAAAGUGCAAAGUUGACCUCUUGACUGUGGAAGGCUGUGAACAUGCUGUACAGGAGAGGCACUAUUCCACUAACUCCACACCACACUGCCCAGAAUCACAGUAUUGGUCACUCAUCUUCAGACAGUGGAUAACAGAUGAGCACCACAUGUUUAAUACUGAAAUUGAUUUCUUCAGUGUUUGAUUCCUAUCUGUUUGAGAAGUAGUAUUUUAGAAGUAUAUUGCAGAAGGAACAUUGUAUGUUUUGAAUCAAAAUGUAUACUUACUAGUUCAGGUGGGUAGCUGCGUCAGCAUGCGUAGGCUGCAAAGGAACAAGUAAUGGGUUUAUUCCAUGG